UGCUCUUGGUAAAUGUGGUCAGAGAAACCUUAGUCAGAACAUAGCUCACUGUGGCAGCUGAUAGAGACACGCGCUGGGAGAGACACGGCCAAUACAUCGUUCUCCUUUUAAAAUUGUAUCUAUGCGACGACGAUACUUUUAUUGAUAACCGUAGGGUUUAUGUGUUCACAAGAGACACACUAAUCCAUGUUAUCUUUGAAAAGUGUCCCAUUCGAGACACAUAGAUUUUGUUCCAGGGCGUGUACGGGUCCAGGGGAACAGGUUAGCCCUUGAAUGUUGGUAGUAUAGUGUAUCUUUUUGCAUUUUUACAUCGCCUUGUCCGGAGGAGUCGCUUGACGAUGGGGUGUACACUGAGUACCGAGGAUAAGGCGGCGGUGGAGCGCAGUAAAAUGAUCGACAGGAAUCUGAGGGACGACGGGGAGAAAGCCGCAAGAGAGGUCAAGCUACUACUCCUCGGUGCUGGUGAGUCGGGGAAGAGUACCAUUGUCAAGCAGAUGAAAAUCAUCCAUGAGGCAGGCUACUCAGAGGAGGAGUGCAGGCAGUACAAGGCCGUGGUCUACAGCAACACCAUCCAGUCCAUCAUCGCCAUCAUCCGAGCCAUGGGCCGGCUCAAGAUCGACUUUGGAGACGCCUCCAGGGCUGACGACGCACGGCAGCUGUUUGUGCUGGCGGGCUCAGCAGAGGAGGGCUUCAUGACGGCAGAGCUCGCGGGGGUCAUCAAACGCCUCUGGAAGGACGGGGGGGUCCAGGCCUGCUUCAGCCGCUCACGGGAGUACCAGCUCAACGACUCUGCAGCAUAUUACUUGAACGAUUUGGACAGGAUAUCCCAGGCCACCUAUAUCCCUACUCAGCAGGAUGUCCUGAGGACCCGGGUUAAAACCACAGGCAUUGUGGAAACACACUUCACCUUCAAGGACCUGCACUUCAAGAUGUUCGACGUGGGAGGUCAGAGGUCGGAGAGGAAGAAGUGGAUCCACUGCUUCGAGGGCGUCACCGCCAUCAUCUUCUGCGUGGCGCUGAGCGACUACGACCUGGUCCUGGCCGAGGACGAGGAGAUGAACCGUAUGCAUGAGAGCAUGAAGCUGUUUGACUCCAUCUGCAAUAACAAGUGGUUCACAGACACUUCCAUCAUCCUGUUCCUUAACAAGAAGGACCUGUUUGAGGAGAAGAUCAAGAGAAGUCCGCUUACCAUCUGCUAUCCAGAGUACGCCGGCUCCAACACGUACGAGGAGGCAGCAGCCUACAUCCAGUGUCAGUUCGAGGACCUGAACAAGCGGAAGGACACCAAGGAGAUCUACACCCACUUCACCUGCGCCACCGACACCAAGAACGUGCAGUUUGUCUUCGACGCCGUCACCGACGUCAUCAUCAAGAACAACCUGAAGGACUGCGGCUUGUUCUAGAAGCGGGGCGGACGCGAGGCCGCCACGUCCCGACAGCAGAACCAGAGUGAGUGAUGUGUAUAUUUUAGGGUGGAGAUGACAAGCAGUCGGGUUUGGAGGAUCAGAUCAGUUACGGACCAGUGCUGUACUAUAUGCCACUUUUAACAGCUUUAUUUAUGUUUUUGUCUUGGAACGUUUUGAAAUAGCGUUACAACAUUUGUGUAGAAUGUUCGUAUUAUUGUAAAAGCGUAAGUAAUUUUUCAAGGUCUUUUUUUGUUCUGUUUUUUUUUUUGUGAAAGAAGGAGCUCUCUUUAUUUUGUCGACGUUGCUUUUCGCCGGCCUCUGGAAAAGGAUGCUUGCCUCUGAUGGAGACCCUCCUUUUCUCCCUCCUUAUUGUCAGGGGGAAAAGGAUCAAGUUUGAGUCCAGUUUGUUGGUACUUGUGCCUUCGCAUGCUUGGGCUCCUUGUCAAAUGCUUGUUUCUUUUGCCUGCUGAACACUUUCAACAUUAAGGUGAAAUGUUUCAUAUGUUAAUGCCCCUAUAUCGUUGGUGUGCACAUUUCCACGACCAAUCAAGUGGUAUUCCCAUUGGUGUAAAGGUAUGUGGGUCACCAUGGUGACCAACACGUAGCCCAGACAGCCCCCUGUAGAUUGAGGCCACACAGCCAAUAAAGCUGUCCGAUACUGAGAUGUACACUGUCACAUCCAGAAAGGGGUUUAAUAGAACAACUUAUCCACUAUUAUCAGCCAUUUUGAAAAUGGAGACUGCUUGGUGGGUCACUGAGCUUAUAUUAUGCUCCAGUGUCAAAGACUGAGGAUCAGAGGAGUCACAUUUUACUGUAUAUUUUAAUGUAUUUUUGAGUUUGGAGGCUUUGGUGUCUCCCUAAGGAUUUAAUCACUGGAGUGACAGUUUUAAAAUCCAACUACGUGUAGUAAAAUGGAUGGAUGUAUGGAUGAAUGGAUGAAUGGGGACAAACACAGUUCUGGUCUGUAAAAACACAGACUGCCACAGCUGUUUGUUUGUGUUCUCCAUGAAUGGGGAAUAUUUGUAGUCUCAUCUCCCUUAUUUUGCUAAUAAAAGCCAUUUACAAA